AUCUGCUCGUUACCCCGCGAUAGUUCUCAGGGCUCAGUAUCAAGGUAAUAAGCAGAUCAACUUCCGGCCCAGCCGGUCAACCUGUUAAUUCGCAUUGAACCUCAGUUGAUAACACUUCCUGCGGAACCGAUCAGAGCUACCUUACUCAAGAGAUACCCCCACCUUCCACGUCAUCCAGGAACAAUGGGCAAGAAGCGUGUCCUCAUCUCGUAUGGGAUAGAUGUCGAUGCUGUCUGUGGUUGGCUGGGGUCCUAUGGCGGACAGGACAGCACCAGCGACAUCAGUCGUGGGCUCUUUGCGGGAACCGUUGGCACCCAGCGUCUACUGAAGUUGUUCAAGAAGUACGACAUCAAGACUACAUGGUUCAUUCCGGGGCACAGUUUAGAGACGUUCCCUGAGGAUAUGGCGGCUGUGCGCGAUGCUGGCCACGAAAUUGGCCUUCAUGGAUACAGCCAUGAGAACCCUGUUGACAUGAGCCUUGAGCAGCAAAGGGACGUUCUUGACAAGACAUAUCGCAUGCUGACCGAGUUUGCUGGAAAGCCUCCUCGAGGCAGCGUAGCCCCAUGGUGGGAGACAAGCCGUGAAGGUGCCGAGCUGCUGCUCUCAUAUGGCAUUGAGUAUGACCAUAGCAUGAGCCACCAUGAUUGCCAACCCUACUAUCUAAGAACUGGCGACUCAUGGACCAAGAUUGACUACAAGAAGAAAGCCCAGGAUUGGAUGAAGCCAUUAGUUGCAGGCCAAGACACUGGCCUCGUAGAAAUUCCUGCCAAUUGGUACCUUGAUGACUUGCCACCGCACAUGUUCAUCAAGGGCUCUCCAAACAGCCACGGUUUUGUCAAUGCACGUGACACUGAAGAUCUCUGGAGGGACCACUUUGACUACUUCUAUCGAGAGUAUGAUGAGUUCAUCUUUCCUUUGACAAUUCAUCCUGAUGUAUCUGGGCGACCACACCUACUUCUCAUGCACGAAAGAUUGAUUGAACACUUCAAGAAGCAUGAAGGCGUCGAGUUUGUAACUAUGGAGCAGAUGGCCGACGAGUUCAAGAAGAAGAACGCGCCAGCUGAAGGUGCCCUACUUCCAGCUCCCGUAGGAGCUAAACUGAAGGAAUAGGCAAAGGACACGGCCGAGUUGAGAGCCGUCUUGUUAUCAUAUUGGAUUGUAUCGCGUCGUUAGUCUGGUUUAAUCAUCAUGGUUCGAUGCAGAAUAAUCAUUCAGAUAUCUUGACUCAAUGCCCCUACAUCGUUGUUCGCUUGUUACAUAAUACGCCGUUCGUAAUAGCGAGUCACCAACCAUGUUCAAUAGAGCCAUUUCCAUAGGCGGUAGUCACCCUCCGGGCGCGCAACAACAACCCACGACAACAAAACUUAGCAUCAAUUUAGCA